UAGCUUUCUCAAUUCCCAUUACUUGUAUUGUUGUUAUCGGUAGAGAGUACUAUAUUCUUUGGUUGUUAUAAUCUGUGUUAUCUUUGUGAAUAUUUCGACAAUGGCAGAUGCUAAGCAAGGGAAAACACCUGCAGAUUUUUACAGUGGAUCAUCACAGUCUCGAGUGGUCCUUGCCAAACCCCGUCUUGGUGGGUUUGGAAGUUCCAGCUUGGCUUCUGGCUCAAGCAAAAGCUGUAACCCAUUCGGGUCUGUUCUACGACCACCACAACUAAAGCCAACAAAUAAUCCUUUUUUAAAAGCAACUAAUCCAGAAGGAGCAAGUGUUGAAAAAGAUAAGGAGCCAGCAACAUCCGCAGAUGCUAGAGUAAACGAGACAAAAGAUGUAGAGGCACCAAAGUUUGUUCCUCUGGGAUCUGGAAGUGUGGCUCCUAGAACAGCAACAUCAGUACCUGCCCCUGUUCAGUCCACUACGGGCACAUCUUCGACUGGAUUUGUUUUUGGUCAGAAUUUGAGUGAGAGAGUAGUGAUUAAAGAAAAUUUAAAUAAUGGUGAAUCUUUAACAGACCAUAGCUCUUCAAAUGGUACUUCUGAGUUGCUGUUUACAAGUGCAGCAGCAUCAGCAGUAAAAGAUAAUGCGCAGCAUACACAAGAUGAAGCGGCGGAAAGUGGCGAGGGUCUCGCCGCUGCGGCGGCCGAGUACGAACGCUCGCACGCGCGCCCUCCGCCGCCCACUUCCUACUGUACCAUGACCGGGGAGGAGGACGAGAUCAACGUUUUGCAGAUAUCGUGUCGUCUAUUUGCAUGGGAGAGUGGUAGCUGGCGUGAGCGCGGGCGUGGCGUUUUGAGGCUAAAUGACGGCGGGGCACGGCUCGUGGCUCGAGUAGCGGGCUCUCUUCGCGUCGUGCUCAACACAAAGCUGUGGCCGGACAUGGUAGUAGAGCGUGCGGGAAACAAGUCGCUGCGAAUCACGGCAGCAGAUGCACAGCAACAAGUCAAACUGUUUCUCAUCAUGGGUGCACCAGGUGAUAUUUCGCAGCUACAUAGGGCGUUAAUGGCGCGGAUCUCACUAAGCAAACGUAGUUCCAUAAGCGCCAAGGAAAAUGAAAACUCACAGAGAUCAGCUGAAAGACUUGAGGCUGCCGCUGAUGAAAAUGAUUACCUGGAAAAGUCGGUGGAUGAUUCAAAUCAAGAUGAAGAAUCUAACUUUGACAAAGAACAAAACACUGGAGCCACUCCAACAACUGACGAAGUUGCGGGUGAUGGAAAUAGACUAAAUUGUUCGGAUAACAAGACUGAAAAUGAAGUAUCUAAUACUAGUGAAGAUGUAUCUGAAGGAACAGAAAAUUCGUUAAAAAGGAAAGAACCAGUGGAAGAUGAGAAGUCGCGUAAGAGACAAUGCCAUGAAGUUUAGUGUAAAUAAUUGUCUCUGUGUAAAAUUAUGUGAUGAUCUUGAAAUAAGAACUUCGUUUAAUCAAUUCCUUGCUAAAAGCUAUAAAUUUAAUAAAGUAAAGAAAGAGUAGGGAUAUUUAUGAUUAAAUUAAUAUAGCAUUAUGUGUUGGUAUAAUAAUAAUGUAUUAUCUCAAUAAUUACCUAAUUGGAUAUUUUGGGUUUAUUAUAACAUGCAUAAUACAUACUGUACAAAAUGAAAAUUUGGCAAUUGUUAGAACACAUUCCAAUGUUUGCAGUGCAAAUUCAUAACAUUCGGCCGCAGCUGAAUACCAAAUACAUACAUGUGAUUUAUUUUCUGAAAUAUAAUAACAAUAAAGAGUCUUACUUUA